AUGAAACAUUCUUAAUUAGUUCACCUACUGUCCAAAUAACCUUAAUCUAUCGAUUAUUUAGGGGCUACUUAAAUGAGUACUCCAAGAGCUUAUUAACAAUCAUAAUAAACUUUGACUUUACCACAUAAAUUGACAACAUUGAGUACAGCCAACAGUAAAGAAUAAAGAUUAUUGACAGAAGGCAAUGAAGAUCUUGAAGUCUAAGUAAACUAAUUCAAUCUAAUAAGAAAAUAAAAGAUUUGCAAAAUAGAUUGAUAUCUAGAUGUACUACGUUAGAAUUCCUUAUUUAAGUUAUUACAACACAAAAAAAUUAAUUGAACAGUUUACCAACUAUUUAAAAAAUUGAGUAACUCUUACUCUCAAUUGUUAACACAUUUUAAAAUACCACCAAAAAUGAAAUUUAGUUAGGCUUUUUAAAUAGAGAGUAAAAGAAAACGUCAAGUAUUUAAUUUUACAUAUUUUUUUAGUGUUUAAUAAAUAAGUAUUGAGAAAGGAAGCUGAAUUAUUUGAUAGGAAUAAAUCAUUGUAAUAAGAAGUGGAAAUCAAUUCUAGUAGAAGUAAUAAAUUAAUAGAAGACAAUUUAAAAUUAUAAAAGUAAUUAAAAUAAGAAAAAAAUUUAAACGAAAUUAAUAUCAAGAAAAUAAAUGCAUUAGAAAAAAGAAUUGAAUUUAUAGUAUCAAAUGAUAUCAAUAUAUUUGAAAUGAGAUCUAAUUUAACUAUUUUAAUGAAGGAAAAUGAGUAAUUGAAAAGAGAUUUGGAAAGAAAAAAUUAAGAGGUUGAGAGAAUUCAAGGGAAAUUAAAUUAAUAUCAAUUAGUAGUAAGUAGAUUAUAAAAAACUAUUGAUAAUUUAAGAAAAAAGAAUGAAGAUGAUGAAAUUAGAGGAUUAAUUAAAAAAGAUGAUAUUGAAUUAUUAAUGAAUUUCAAAAUACCAUAAAAUUUAGAUUUUAGAAUAGUAUGUUAGAAAUUAGAUCAUCAAAAUUUAUUGAAUGAUUUAUGUGAAAAAGGAGUUGUAAAUACACUAUAAUAGAUAUCUUAAUAAUCUUAAGAGGGUUAAAAAUAGUAAAUAACUUAUUAUUGUAAUCAAUUACUUUCAUUUAAAGAUUUUUCAGAGAGAUUAAAUUAAUUAUUAUUGCAAAUGGAAGAAUUCAGCAAUUGUUAAACUAUUGAAGAUCUUAUUUUUAAUGUAAAUAGACAGUUACCAUAAAUAUUUAAAUGUGAAACAGCUAAAUUAUGGUUGUUAGAGACAAAAAAUGGAUUAUUGUAUUCUUAUUUAGAAACUCGAUAAUAAAUAAAAGCAUUAUAAGAUAAAGGAUUGAUAGCUGAUACAUUUAAAUUAUAUUAAGCAUAAAACAUAGGUUCAAAACCAAAGAAAGCAAUUAUAUAUAGGAUAAAUGAAAGUGAAUAACCAGAAUAUGCAAAGAGUGCAUUAAUAUUGCCUAUAUUUUGUAUUGGAUAGAAUAUAAUAAGAGGAUGUUUAAUAAUAUUGAAUUCUGAAUAUGAAUAAUUUUCUUUUGAUGAAGAAUAUUUUGGAAUUAUAAUUAGUAGUUUUUUGGGAAAUAUUAUACAAAGAUUGGUAGAUAAAGAAAGUUGGUAAAUAGCUUAGAAGUAUAGAAGUUUGAUGAAUAAUCAAUUAACAGAUAUUUUAAGAUCUUAGAAUAAGUAAAUAGCAAGUGAAAGGAUUAAAUUAAGUUUUAAAAGAAUAUUUGGAUUUCAAAUGAUUAGAUUCUAUUUUGUGGAGAAUGAACAAUUAUUAAGUUAUGAAGAUUAGAAAGAAUAAAAAUUUUCAUUAGAUUAUGGAUUAGCAGGGAUGGCAGUUAGGAAUAAGUAGAGAUAUAUAGUAAAUGAUAUUAAGAGAUCAGUUAAUUUUAAUCCAAAGGUUGAUUUGACAACAAUCUUGCCCAUUUUUGUUUAACCUUUAUUAAAUAAAUAGGAUGUGGUAAUUGGAGUGAUUGAAGUAUGAUUUUAUUUUAGAAAUUAGACUUGUUUAAAGAAUAAGUUAUCUAUUGAUAUGGAGAGGGAACACUUAUUGGAAGUGAGUGAGAAUCUCUUUGGAAUAGAGGAGCCUUUAACAAGUUAAUUAUAGAGUUAUGUAGAGUUAUUGGCAGGGACUUUAUCUAAUAUAAAAUUUUGA